CUUGUUUUUUGGACGUUUCAAUUGUGCCUCCUCCAUCAAUGACCAUUAAUACCAUUAAAUAAUGCUAAAUGAAAGUAUUUUUUUGCCUAAUUAGGUUGUCAACAAUUUUACAGACAAAUGGUGCAUAUAAGUGAAAUUCUUUCCUUUCUCGGCAUCAGUUUGGAACUUAUUCGCCCUUGUACAACGAAGGAUGUGGCCUUAUAUAUCAACAACCAUCCUGAACUUAUUAAAAUAUUGAACGUUAUGAUAAAAACUGAACAUGAAGUGAGGAAGUUUAGGUAUUUACAGGUCAGGUAUGCUAAAUUGAAACGUUUAUACCAUGCAAGGAUAGAUGUUGUGCAUACUGAUAGCUUAAUGGAUGAUAUAGCCAAACAUGUAGAAGAGAGGAAGAGGAUGAUUUAUGGCAAAAGACAGAAUAUUGUCAACCAGUUGUACCAUAAAUUAAUUCAUAAGGCCAUGACUUUAUAAUUGGAACUAAAACAUCAACUUGAAAGGGUAUUAAUGAGUUCUAUGGACAGUGUAUUCAAUGUUUUGAACUACUCUCUGGGACUAUUAACAAAUUCUGGACAGUGUGUGCGGUACUUCAAAUUACAAUAGUAAAAGCAUCUUCAUCAAGUGUCUACAAGCUCCAAAAGGUAAUGACAUCGUUGUCUUUCAGUUGUGGAAGUCCUUCACACUGUCGAGUCUAUUGGAGUCAUUGUAAAUUUGAGGAGGCACAUUUGGACAGAGCUCAUUCUCUCCAAAUACUCAUCCAUAAUUACUGACCAUCAUGUCCAAGAAAAUCUUUUUACGCCGCAGCCAGGCCCAAACCAACGACAUGACGGGCUACACCGAAGUCUUUCGAUUCCUCAACAUAUCACCGGAACUCCUUCGUCCCUAUACAAUGAAGGACGUGACGAAAUUCCUCGAAAGCCAGCCCAAAUUGAUUAAUUCCUUGCAGCUCAUGAUGAAAGCCGAAAGAGACAUGAAAAAGUUUUACGCCCUACAAGGCAUCUAUAAUCAGAAGAAGAUGACCAAUUUGUCAAUGGGUAAGAAGUAUUAUGAUGAUGUGAUGGAGGGAAUGGUGAAACAUGUGGAAUCCCAGAAGAAGACCAUUCACGUGAAGAGGCAGAAGAUUAAGAGCUUGAUUUAUGUCAAGUUUUUGAAAUAGUACUAAUUUGAACAUUGACUUCAACAUUAUAACUAGAUGUGUGUAAUUUGUUUUUAUUACUUAUAGGUUUUAUUUAACUUAAGUCACUAAAUUUAUUUUUUAAUAAGAAAAGUUUUACUAAAAGUAUAGUUGUGUCAGUAAUUAGCUAAAGCAUUUAAUGUAUGAUAGUACUACUUGAUUUUUAGAGGUGUAUACAAUUACUUUUAUAUUAAUUUGUCAAUGGACUAGUACAUAAUAAUUAUGUAUUUUUUAACUAAUAAAACACCAAUUUAACUUA